ACCGUGGCUCCGACCCAGAGAGGAUUUCUGGGGAGAGCCAUAGAGACGCGAUCGGGACUAGAGGGGCCGGAGAUGGGCGGAUUGAGUGGCUAGAGAGGCCGGAGGCAAGUGGCUGUUGAAGUCGGGCGGACCCGGAAUCCAGAGGAAACAGGACCAUGACUUAUGCUUAUCUCUUCAAAUACAUAAUCAUCGGGGACACAGGUGUGGGGAAGUCAUGUCUCCUCCUGCAGUUUACGGACAAGCGGUUCCAGCCUGUCCACGACCUCACCAUAGGUGUGGAGUUUGGGGCCCGUAUGGUCAACAUUGAUGGAAAACAAAUCAAACUGCAAAUCUGGGAUACGGCUGGGCAAGAAUCCUUCCGUUCUAUCACCCGUUCCUACUACAGGGGAGCAGCUGGAGCACUGCUGGUGUACGACAUUACAAGGCGUGAAACCUUCAACCACCUGACCUCAUGGUUAGAGGAUGCCCGGCAGCACUCUAGUUCCAACAUGGUUAUCAUGCUGAUUGGGAAUAAGUGUGACUUAGAGUCCCGCAGGGAUGUGAAGAAAGAAGAAGGGGAGGCCUUUGCUCGGGAGCAUGGACUUAUAUUCAUGGAAACUUCAGCCAAAACAGCCUGCCAUGUUGAAGAGGCCUUCAUUAACACAGCCAAAGAAAUAUAUAGGAAGAUCCAGCAGGGUUUAUUUGAUGUCCACAAUGAGGCAAAUGGUAUCAAGAUCGGUCCUCAACAGUGUAUUUCAACAUCAGUGGCACCCAUCGCCUCCCAGCGGAACUCUGGUGACAUAGAGUCUAACUCUGGCUGCUGCUGAAUGUCUGGCCUGGACUCUUUUUUCUCCUUCCUGGAACAGCUUCAGAUCAAUAGGUUUACAGAGGUCUUAAUAACUUUGGCUGAGAAAAGCCUCUUUUCAAGGUGUGAUGUUUUGCCUUUCCACUUAAAGACCGGGGAAAAUUUGGGCCCUUACUGACCUGUCCCUUCUUCGGGGACGUGAGCAUUCCUUAUAGAUUAGGGCUCUUCUUAUACCCUAAUUUUAUUUCUAAAAUGUUAGUAUCAAAGUUGGUUGUCAUGGCAAUUAAAAAAUAAAUUAUUUUAGAAGUAUACAUAAUCUGCUCCCCACCAGGAAUCAGUAACAUGGGUCUGGGACAUUCUGCUUGAGCACUUGAGAUUACUGGGAUCUGGCUAGUUUUUGGAUGAUAGAUCCUCAGUCUUUGAAUUUCAUUGUUUUUCCACCUGUCACUUCAUAAGAGUUCUUGCAGAAGGCUGCAAGAGUUCUUGAGCUGCUGAAGAAUGCUGAAUACUUCUCUACCAUCUUAUUGCUAGUCUUAGAGUAACUACAAAACUUUUGAGAGCAGUGGAAUUGCUCCUGGACCUGUAGCCACUUAAUACCUAAAGAAAACAUCUUUCCCUGUUUGUUUGUUUUAGGGACCAGAACUAACAUUGCAGUAUCUUUCACCAAAUAGACCCCUACUAUUUCAUCAUACUUAAUGAGACCUAUUGAGACUUUUUACUCUAAUCAAGCUAUUCUGCUUACUUACUGGACAUGACAUAUUCCACUUCUAUGCCUUUGCACAUGCCCUAUAUACUCAAAGUCCAAAACUUUUUCCUUCAGAAAGUCUUCUUUGACUGACCUAGGGAUUCUAAGCAAUUAUUGACACAGUACCCCUUAGCUUUCAUAUGUUGUUUAUUCAUAUGUAUAUUUAUUUGUAUUUAUGUUGCUUUGUAAAUAUGUUUUAUAGUUGUUUUGUGUGUGGAAUCUGUCUCCCCACAUAGGAUGUAAGCAGCUCCUUGACAGGGACCACGUUAUCCCUGUACUUUGUGAAGCACUCCCUCCACCAUUCCUUCACAGUGCCUAGUGCUAUUUAUGUGAUCAUUGAAUUUAACUGACAUACUUACAGGCUCAGAGGAAACAAAAGGCCUUAGAGUCAUCUCCUUGUAACUCUAUCUCAAUCUUUUACAUCUGCUUACCCUGGAUUUUAUAUUGCUCUUCUCCCUCUCCUCUCUUUCCCUUCUUAGCUCUUUGCUUCCCUUCCAUGCAGCGUAAAGUUGCCUGCUCCUAAGCAGUCAAAUAAGUGGGUAUUUCAGCAACCAUUCUCCUUUUCUUUUUUCCAUUCUCCUUUUCAAGAGCAUGUAAUACUAUCCUAGCCAAAUUUGCCUUUGCUUCCCUCUUCAUUCAGCUUUCUGGGUCAGUUGCUGCAUCUUUUUGUCUUGAUGUCUCAUACUAUUCCACAGCACUGAGGUCUCAUGAAUUUUUCUAAGUUUUUGUUGUUGGUGGUGAACUGCUUCAUUAUUAAAUAUAUGCAUGUAUCCAAGCUGCUCAUA